AUGGCACAGGCUCAAGGUUCUCCAGCGGUAGCUGCCGCGAAUAGCGCUCUGGCGGUGAAUGCGCUUGGCAAUCAGGGCAUGAAAAGGAUGGUGAACGGUGGAGGGGCCAAUACUCCUGUGAUAAGUAAUGCGAAUAGCAACAACAAUACAAACGUUCCAAUCACUUCGACGAAUGGAUUGGUGAACAAUCAAAUGAAUGGGUUUGGUGGUAAUAGUCAGAACUCCACGAUGUCACGUGAUGACUCCACUAUAGUUGGGUUACAUUAUAGGAUAGGUAAGAAGAUCGGUGAAGGGUCCUUUGGAGUAUUGUUUGAAGGGACUAAUAUGAUCAAUGGGUUGUCUGUGGCUAUUAAAUUUGAACCACGGAAGACAGAGGCUCCACAAUUAAAAGAUGAGUAUCGUACUUACAAAAUCUUGUCGGGAACUCCAGGAGUUCCACAAGCGUAUUAUUUUGGGCAAGAAGGUUUGCAUAACAUCUUGGUUAUUGAUUUGUUGGGUCCCUCAUUGGAAGAUCUGUUUGAUUGGUGUGGGCGUAGAUUUUCGGUCAAGACUGUGGUGCAAGUUGCUGUGCAGAUGAUCACGUUGAUUGAAGAUUUACACACGCACGAUCUUAUCUAUCGUGAUAUUAAACCAGAUAAUUUCUUAAUUGGCAGACCAGGUCAACCGGAUGAGAAUAAAGUUCAUCUGAUCGAUUUUGGGAUGGCCAAACAGUAUCGUGAUCCAAAGACCAAGCAACAUAUCCCAUAUAGGGAAAAGAAAUCUCUAAGUGGUACCGCUAGAUACAUGUCCAUCAAUACUCAUCUCGGUAGAGAACAAUCUCGUAGAGAUGAUAUGGAAGCUAUGGGCCAUGUAUUUUUCUAUUUCCUAAGAGGUCAGUUGCCAUGGCAAGGUUUGAAAGCUCCAAACAAUAAGCAAAAAUACGAAAAAAUUGGUGAAAAGAAGAGAUCCACAAACGUGUACGAUCUGGCUCAGGGCUUACCGAUCCAGUUUGGUCGUUAUUUGGAAAUCGUAAGGAAUUUAUCUUUUGAAGAGACUCCUGAUUACGAAGGUUAUCGUAGACUACUGUUGUCUGUAUUGGGUGAUUUGAACCAAGAAGCGGAUGGCGAAUACGAUUGGAUGAAAUUGAAUGGUGGUCGUGGUUGGGAUUUAACGAUCAAUAAGAAGCCUAACUUACACGGUUACGGUCAUCCAAAUCCACCGAACGAUAAAUCAAGAAGACAUAGGAGUAAAGUGCCUGGCAAUCAUGCGAUAAAUAAUCACCAUGCGCAACAACAACCGCAACAGAUGCAACCGUUACAACAACCGCCAGUACAACAACCGCCAGUACAACAACAACAAACACUGAAACCUCAACCACAACACGCACAAGAGUUUAACGAACACCUACGUGGUGCACCUCAAUUUGGUAACAAGUUAGAUCCAACAUCAUAUGAAGCAUAUCAACAACAGACGCAACAGAAAUAUGCUCAACAACCACCAAACUUGAACAACGGACCACAACAAGGAAUUUCAUCCUACCAAAAUCGCGGUACGAAUAAUCAUCGUGCUUCUCCACAGGUUGGUAAUAAAUACCAUUACCAAGAACAACCUACUGCGAAACCUCAGCAGCAUAACAGCUCCAACGUAAAGAAUGGUGACCAAGGAUCUUUGGACACGGGUAAAGGUUUCUUCAGUAAGUUUGCUUGUUGCUGA